AUGAACGUGACCAUCGAAUCGCCGUGGGCCGAGUCCAUCUUUCGUCGACUGCCAGAGGGCAUACCCGUCUCCCUCCAGGCAGUCCUGGCCACCAUUGUCCUCGGCACCAUUUAUUCGGUCGUAACCAAGGACCGGCCUGUCGCUGGCAUCCCCAUUGCCUCUCUCGAUGGCAAGACUCCGAGGAAGAGCUGGCUCUGGCACGGCCGCGAGCUCGUCAGACUUGGCGAUGACAAGUACUCUGGAGGGCCAUAUCAAGUCCUGACCGGCACAGGCCCCAAGAUCAUCUUGCCCAACCGCUUCGCCGACGAGAUCAAGAACAACCCGCAGAUGUUUAUGCACCUGGCUUUCAAGAAGGACUUUUUCAUCGAAUAUCCCGGCUUCGAUGGCCACCGCAUCGGCCUCGAGAACGACUGGUUGAUCCAAACUACUGUGCGUACGAAGUUGACCCAGUCGCUCAACCUGAUCACUGGUGAUCUCGUCGACGAGACUACUGCUUCUCUCCAGGACGUCUAUGGUGGCGUCGAUGAUUGGGAGACGCGCAGUCUAAGGGAGGACGUCAUCGAAGUUGUCGCCCGCUUGUCGUCCCGUGUCUUCCUCGGCCUGCCGCUCUGCCGCAAUCGACGAUGGCUCGAGAUCACCAAGUCUUAUACCGUUGACUCUUUUACCAUCUCGUUCAUCAUGCGUGCCGCCCCAUGGUUCAUGAGGCCUUUGGCGUAUUGGCUCAACCCAAUGUCCGCAAGGCUUCGCAAAGCCGUCCGUGAUGCCCGUAACCUGAUCGAUCCUGAGGUCAAGAGGCGUCUGGACAUUGUCGACAAGGCCAAGGCCGCGGGCGAGAAGCCGCCCAAGAUGGCCGACACGAUUGGGUGGAUGUACGAUGUAGCCAACGGUGCCAACAUCGACUAUGUAGCAGGUCAGCUGUCUCUGAGCAUGGCAGCGAUCCAUACCACCACAGAGACGACAUGUGCGAUUAUCAUGGACUUGUGCGACCACCCCGAGGUUGUGCCACAGCUGCGUGAGGAGGUAAUCCGGGUCAUUGGCGAGGGCGGCUGGGCCAAGACUAGCUUGUACAAGCUUAAGUUGAUGGACAGCUUCAUCAAGGAAGGCCAGAGGGUGCGGCCUAUGGGUACAACCUCAAUGAAUCGCCUCGUUACUGAGGAAACUACGCUGUCCGAUGGAACCGUCCUGCCAAAAGGUGUGCGCAUCAUGGUGGCCACCAACUUCAUGGAUCCCGAGCUGUAUCCCGAGCCUGAGAAGUUCGAUGCUGCACGAUUUCUCAAGAUGCGCGAGCGCGAGGGUGAGGAACACAGCUGGCAACUCGUCACAACCACACCUGCGCACAUGUUCUUCGGCCACGGCCAGCAUGCCUGCCCGGGCCGCUUCUUUGCUGCCAAUGAAGUCAAGAUCCUGCUGUGCCACCUGCUGCUGAAGUAUGACUUUCGCUGGGCCCCAGGUGAGAAGCCUGUGCCGAUGCAGAUGUUUGAGACUGUCGCGUCGACGCACCAAGACACCAAGGUCCAGAUGAGGAGAAGGGUGCCGGAGAUUGAUCUGGACACUAUUGAGGUGAAGUGA